AUGCCACGUCAAUUACGCUCAAUAGCCAAUGGCUUCAGAGAUGUUAUUCAUGGAAUAGGAAAAGACGAAGCUUCACAAACCAUAAAGGCAUCUAUCCCUGCGGCCAAUCAGAAGGAGGAUGACUUUGCCAAUCUUCCGUUCCAGCCAAGAAGGUCAUUUCCUCUACCGAAUCACAUUCCUUCCUGGUAUGCUGGCCAUAUGUAUAGGGCAAUGCGAUCUCUUCCCGUUUUGCUUUCUCGACAACCACCUCCGCUUAUCAUAGAAACACGGGAUGCAAGACUGCCUAUAUCCAGCGUGAAUCCGGCCUUUGAAGAGAUGUUUCAUUCUAUGAAAGGCAUUGUGAACAAGAACAAAGGGGGGAACAGCAAUCAAAUAGAUACAAAAGAUGAAGAACGAUCAAUAGCCGAUCUGCGUGAAUGGAGGAGAAGGAGAUUGAUUAUAUACAAUAAAGCCGAUCUGGUAGAUACUCGUUUACAUGCACCGAUCAGGUCUGCAUUCGAAAAGCAUGAAGGUCAUGAUGUCAUGUUUAUUGAUUCGAGAAAAGAUAGCGAUAUCAGAAGGGUCAUGCGAUGGGCUCAACAAAGGGCUGCGUCUUUGACAAGUUCGAGUGAAGAGAAAGACUUCGGCAAAACCUCCGACGGUUCGAAAAGUACGGAUACAGGAUUGAUACCCCGUGCAGCAAGACGACAAAAUUUGACAGGUGCAUUCAGACACACAUCUACACCUGAAGAAGGUGUUAGAUUGGUAAUAUUGGGUAUGCCGAACGUUGGCAAAAGCAGCUUAUUGAACGCUCUAAGACGGUUUGGCACUGGUGCUGGAAAGGCGGCCUCAACAGCACCUGAACCUGGACAUACCCGUAAACUGACGGGCACGGUUCGGAUCACGAAGAAGAUCCCCGUGGAACGUAAUAAAGAUGGUGAAGUGACUCAACUAAAACACAGCAAGAGUGACGAGCCCGCAAUCUAUGUAUACGAUACACCAGGUGUAAUGGUACCUUACCUCGGAAAUGGUCCUCAAGGAGCUGAAAAGGGUGUAAAGCUUGCCGUUGCUGCCGGUAUCAAAAGUUCGCUAUUUGAUGCUAUAGGUCUGGCAGAUUAUCUGUUGUACAGGCUAAAUCUGCAAUGGGCAUGGCGAUGGAAACGAUGGAAGGAGAGCCAAAGUAAUGAUCCUGAACCUUUACCUGCAUAUCUGACAGGUUUGCCUAUGGGUCGUGUCACAGCAACCGUUUCUACAGAUGAGAUUGGUCCACAAGAUGCUUUCGGUCCAACGAAUGAAGUACAUGCCCUAUUGGAAAGAUUAGCAUUGCGAGCACCUGGAACGCUAUCGAAGAAUGGCAUUCGUGAUUUGGAUGCAGCGGCAAAUUUUAUGUUGGAAAGAUGGCGAAAUGGUAAAUUAGGAUCAGGAGAAUUGGAUUGUGAAUGCGCUGAUCGUGCUUCGCGAAGGGCGAUGGAGAAGAUUCGUUGGACAGAUUUACGUGAUCAAGAGAAUAAGCGGAAAUCUUCUGAAGGAAAGGCAGAGGUGGAAGGGUCUUCAUUGCUCAGCAAAAGACAAACCAAGGCUAGACAACGUGCGAUUGAAGAUGUGAUCAGAGACAAUAGAUUACGCGAGAAAGGCGUUCGUGUUGUCGGAUUGCUCUCUUCCAAGCGAGGUAGACGAAAGCCAGGACAGAAGAGAAUAGAAGGGACGAUCAGACGGCGUAGAUGA